UGUAUUAUCUUUUCGUAAUGUCUCUAAUUUUCAUGUGAAAUGAGCUAUUGAUCGUUAUGUUCGAAGCAGUGAGUCUUUGAUUGCCACACUAGUUAUUUGGUUUCUGCAUAAUGCCCAUUCUCCAAGAGAACUCUUCCUUAAUGUGAAGGAAACCAUGGCAAUAGCAGAGGUUUUGUUCUCCUUGAUGCCAAAAUAAUCUGAAACCUAUGACCCAGAUAAAUUCUCGGCAUGCUUAAGUGCCAAAUAACCAACUUGGGGGGGAGUAGGGGAGAGAGAGAGGAGAGAGAUCUUACUGAAUCAAAUAAUGCUUUAAAAAAGGUUAAUCAACUUAUUUAUUGUCGUUUGGAAUCUUUUUGGUGAUCUUCACCAUCUAACCAUUUCUUUUUUUCAAAGUUCCAUUCAUUUUCCAAUUCUUUGUUAGUCAACUGUCUAAAUUUGGCUUUUGAUCAAACCCUGCCCAGAUAUCUCCAACUUGCACUUUGGGAGUAGAACUUUGGGUCAUCAUUCAUCUCUGAUGAUUCAAUAGUCCUAUUCCAUUUCUCAUUCCUAACAAUCAUCUAGCAAGUUUGAUCCUCUGAUUCAAAGUUCUCAGGUCGAUGGCAGAACUUAGUGAUCAUCCCUUGUUCAGCUGUAGAAAUUGCCGAAAUCCUUUUGCCCUGAGAAGAGACCUGCUUUCCAAAGAUUUUUUGGUGAACAGUAAUGGAAAAACUGGGCCAGCAUAUAUGUUUGCACAUGCAAUGAACAUCAUUGUGGGGCAAAAAGAAGACAGGAAGCUUAUCACUGGUCUGUUCACUGUUGCUGACAUCUAUUGCAGCAAUUGUGGUGAGACAUUAGGCUGGAAAUACGUACGGGCUUAUGAUGACAGACAAAAGUUCAAGGAAGGGAGGUUCAUAAUCGAGAGAGCGAAGAUUGCCAAGGAAUAUUAAUAGUUCCACUAUUAUAAGUCAAUAUCGAUAAUAAUUCCAUUAUGAGGAAGGCCCUUGUUUCAUUUGUCCCAGAUAAAAUGUAAGCAAUAAGCAUGUUAGUUCCACAUGUUCUGCUGUUAAAAUGGGCUAUACCAUACCAUACAUGCCUGUAGUUGAAACUUGAAGGUUGUGUUGGAUUCUGUAAACUCUUGUGGCUUCUUUGUACUAAAAUCAAUGAUAAGACUCUUAUUCCCAUGA